AGCUCGACGCACCAUGAUGGCGUGCUUGUCGCGCGCGUGGCAGCGGGGUUCCGUGCAUGCCGCGCGGCUCCGAAAGCAGGACUCGGCGUGUGGCGUGGCGGACCUGUCAGCCAGGUCCAGCACCAAGACGGCCCCACAGAGACCCGCCAUGGAGUACCAGGAUGCCAUUUGCACUUUGAACACACUACAGACCAAUGCCAGUGCUCUGGAGCAGGUACGACGAGAGCGGAGCCACCCCCGGCUACAGCUCCAGGCCAUGAGAGGCUUCCUGGAACGGGCCGGCCUCACAGUGGAGGAACUAGACCAUCUCAAUAUCAUUCAUGUGACGGGAACAAAGGGCAAGGGAUCAACGUGUGCGUUCACCGAUCAGAUUUUGAGAAGUUAUGGCUUCCGCACUGGAUUUUACAGUUCCCCACAUUUGGUACAAGUCAGAGAGAGGAUACGAAUCAAUGGACAGCCCAUUGGAAAAGAGCUCUUCACUAAAUACUUUUGGCAGGUUUAUGGGCGACUGGAUGAAACUAAGGGCGCCCUUGGAGGGACGAUGCCUUCUUACUUCCGUUUCCUCACCAUCUUGGCCUUCCAUGUGUUCCUUCAGGAGAAGGUGGAUUUGUCUGUAAUUGAAGUUGGGAUUGGUGGUGCAUAUGACUGCACCAACAUUAUAAGGAGGCCGUGGGUGUGUGGGAUCUCCUCUCUGGGUAUAGACCACACUCAGAUUCUUGGAGACACCAUUGAAAAGAUCGCCUGGCAAAAAGGUGGCAUUUUCAAGCCUGGGGUUCCUGCCUUUACGGUCAAGCAGCCAGAAGAUGCGAUGGUUAUGCUGAGGAGCAGGGCCACAGAGAUGAGAUGUCCUCUGUGGGUGUGUCCAGAGCUGGAGGACUACCAGGCAGACUGUGGACCUUUGCGUCUGGGCCUGGCAGGGCAGCACCAGCGCUCCAACGCCUCCCUGGCCCUCCAGCUGAGUCACACUUGGCUGCAUAAAAGAUGUCUACCAGAUAAGAGCUUUCCCUCUGCUGGUGAUGAGAACUCAGCGGUACAUCAGGUGGCUCCCUUCAAGCCCAGCCCCAUCAUGGUGAAAGGGCUGGCAGACACGGAGUGGCCUGGAAGGAACCAGACUCUUAAACACGGAGCAGUCACCUACUUCUUGGAUGGAGCUCACACCAUGCGCAGUAUGCAGGCCUGUGUCCACUGGUUCAGAGAGACUGCAGCGCAGCAUGAAAGGACUGCGAGUGGACCUGUGGCCAGAGUUGUGCUGUUCAAUGCUACAGGAGAGAGAGACUCUGCAGUGUUGCUGAAACUACUGGUGCCAUGUCAUUUUGAUUUUGCUGUGUUCUGCCCAAACAUCACUGAAGCCAUCGCUUCUUGCAAUGCAGACCAGCAGAACUUCAACGUCUCGGUGGAGAACAUGUUGACUCGCUGCUUGGACAACGAGAGGCACUGGCAUCUCCACAACGGCCUGGGUAAUACCAAAGGUCCUCCGCUGCUCAUUGAAGACAGCCUGGCCCCUGAGAAGAAGGCAGACACCCUGGUCUUCCCCUGCAUCCUCAGUGCCCUCCAGUGGAUCACCCAGGGCAGGGAUCCAGUGCUGGCAGACCCAGCCAAGAGGGACUUACCAGUUAAACCCAGCAUCAUGGCCAAAGCUGCUCUGCUUUGCGAUGCGGCCGAGAUCCACAUCCUCGUCACCGGAAGCCUCCACCUAGUGGGAGGAGUCCUCAAACACCUCGACGCAGCUUCCUCCAAGUAAACGAACCACGUCAAACAGUUUACAUGAUGGCGUGCUUUGCUUACAUGUAGCUUUGUGGAAGAAAACUGAUUCAUGUCUAUAUAGAGGCGGUUUUGACAUACUAGCUUAGCUCUUGGACAAUGACUUCAGGUGUGUACCUGAAUGCUAUUAGCUCCACCCGGGUAUCAUAGCUGAGUGCUAUUAGCUCCACCCGGGUAUCAUAGCUGACGCUAGGAUCCCCCGAGUUUGGCCCGAGGCAGCGCCAGUCCUCACAACAGCCCCAGCUUCACCCAGAGCCUUACAGACGACCGCACACACGUGUGGAGAUCACAUCUCUCGUCUUACUUGAAGCCAAAUAUGUUUACCUGAAGUGCAUAUGGUACCUUCACUUACACCACAAGGUGAGUGGAGUUGGCUCAUCCCUGGUGUGCUCGGCUUUUACAAUAUUACAUUAAUUGCACCAAAAAAGAGCUUCAUGGAGUUGAGUUUUCUGGUGUUUACUAUCUAUUUGGAACUCUUGACUAUUACCUUUUCACUUUUUUUUUAUUUUUAUGAAGGACAUUAUCAUUUGACAUGGUUUGUACUCCUAUUUUGUGUUUCAUACACAUGGCCUACACAUUUCUUUUUGUAGAAGUGUACAUCAUCUAACAGUGUUGCCACCAGAUGGAUACAUAUAACUAAAUCAAAAUCUGUCAUCUGUUUUUCACUGGAAGGAUAGUAUUUAAAUGAUCCCUCAUUGGCAUUCUCACUGUCCUACAUAGUUAUUGUAUGUAUAAUUUUGAAAGAUAUUGAAACUGUUUAAAAUACUGGGCCUAAUAUGUACGAAUGUAUGUUGUCAUGGUGAUUCAUCCAGUGGCUCACAGAUGUCAUCAGCUUGGCAGGAAGUCCAUUCACAUCCAUCCACCCUGUAACCGCAACUGAGUUUUAAAUUCAGUUCCAAAUCAAGACAAGAAAAUGCAUUUAAAUGGAACUUGUCACUUGUAAAGAUGAAAUCUGCUCGCAAUCUUUAAAAUGAGUCAAUUAAAAAAAUAUUCAUAUGGAAA